AUGUUCAAACCUUUUCCUCGUCGCUUUAUGCGCAAGCGGGCAAAGUCGCGGACGUUUUCUAAUAUUGGCUGUGCUGCAGUACCGAUGAAAAAGACGCUCAUUUCCGAACCCAUCUAUGGAGGCCCGGUUACGAAUGAGAGCGAGAAAGCUUGGGAUGAUUUGAUGCCGCUCGGCCGAGGGUUCGUCGUCAUCAAAAAUGAGACGGCGCUUCCGCAGGUGCCCAAGUUCAACGCGACCAUGGGCGAGUACAAGGGAGUGAUAUCGGUCUUCCACCAGCUGCAUUGCGUGUGGGCAACGCGAGAGGCCUUCUUCAAGUUGCUGCGGGAGGGCAAUUCGACCGAGAUCGACCUCGGACACCUAAGUCACUGCUGGAACUUCGUCAGGCAAGCCAUCCAGUGUCGCGCUGACACCACGAUAGAGUGGCAGGUGUCGGAAGAGCUCGGGGGAAGUCUGGGAUGGGGUUACCAGCAUCAGUGCUAUGAUUAUGACGCCCUCAAGGUCUGGGCUGAAGACCACAGCUGGGGUGAUGACAAUGAGAAGAAUAUCCAGUAG